AUGAACUUCGAAAGUUUUCCUCAAUUUCUUCUUUUGAUUUUCUCUGGUUUUUCCUUGAUUGUGGCUCAAUAUGGUGGAUAUAAUGGGAAGACGUAUCCAUCUUCUUCAAUUGGAUCGACAGGGAUGGGAAACAUGGGAAAUUCCAAUCAAUAUCCGAACUCCUUGUCAAGUAAAAACCAAUACACUGGAAAUCAAUACCCUCAGAACAGUUUGUCAUCAUCGUUGGGCAUGAGCAACAGCAAUCAACAACCGAGUUCUUCGAUCAGUCAAAGCACCAAUGAUUACGAUGGUUUACCUCCCGGUGUCAGCUAUGAUGUCUACUACAACUUCGGAGAGCAAGGAAUGUAUAGAAAA